UUUUACAAUAAACUCAUUCCUCUGAGGAAACGCACACAUGUAUCUUUAACUAAACUGCGUACGAUGACGAAUCAGUCAAAUGUAAGGCACUGUUACAUUUGGAAAUCCCGGGGUUGCACGUGGGUGAGAGAAGAAAAGGUGGAAAGUGAAAGUAAAGUAUCACACUGGCUUACUGCAGACCAACAACCCAGACACCACCACAGCACGUAUGAGCCUGGAUGUUCAGUUGCAGCAUGACAUCAUGAAAAUUCGUGACCUUCUACUAUUUCUUGUUGUGUUCCUGAACACGAUUGACCUUUCAAAGGGGAACUGUGAAGACUACUUCAAUUUUGAACAAUGGUCAAACCACACUAAUAACACUGAAAUGUUCAAAUUUGGGGAGACGAAUGAUAUCAAGUAUGAUGUGAUGUGUACGUUAUAUAAAUAUUGGAGCAAUGAUGACCCGUAUAAAGGAAUCGGCAGUAUAAUAUGUGACUGCAUUUGCCCUGAGGAUUGUGAUGCAAACUGCUUGGACGAUUUGAAAAAACAGUGUGAUACCCCCUCGAAAAUAUUAAAAAAUGUGACAAUACACACUUAUCACUUCAUGUGCAUGGCGAAGAAAGUCUAUGAUGUCCCUAUGAAGGAAUCUGACUUCUGCAACUAUCCGACUCGGAUAUGCAAGUUCUCUGAAGGAGAGUUUGAUCGAACAUCACCACCAACAUCAACACCACAACCAACAACAAAAACAACAACACUGUCGUCAACAACAACAACAACACCACAACCACCAAAAAUAACAACACUCCAACAACUGCAUCCAACUACAACAUUGUCACUACCACCAGCAACAACAACAGCAACACCACCAUCACAAACAAGAACAACAGCAACACCGACAACAACAACAGCAACACCACCACCACAAACAAGAACAACAGCAACACCGAUGACAACAACAGCAACAACAGCAACACCAACAACAACAGCUACAAUGCCUGCAGAUCAUGGGAGCAUGGAUAAACAAAAUCGAAACAGUGUGAGCAAUGCUGCCGUGACAGGGACAAUAACGAUAAUGGUCCUCAUUAUUGUCCUGGCUUUGGUGGUUUUUGCCCUUUACAAAUUCACCAAGAGGAGGUCUGACCAAAGGAGAGCAGCCAAUGGAAACCUGUCACCCAGUGAGACGCAAAUGCAGCUGAGGGAGGCUGAAAUGACGGAUAUAAUGUUGAGAUUUGAACCCAACAUUACAGACCAAACUGACACCAUCAACAAAGCUGUGGGAAGUGAAGGAAUAUCAGAGUACCAGGAGGAUCAUCUUUAGACUGUUGUAACAGAGGAUGCACUGAAUGAUUGAACGUUUGGAAUGCCUUGGGGGGGUGGGGCCCUAUUUGAGAGGAUAAACUCUAAACUGAGGUGGAGAGUGUGAGACUAAACGAGCUGCAGCAUGCCACACUGUUCUUUUAACUGCAAUCUCUAAUCAAGAUGGAGAAUUGCACAGAAGUGCAACAGGACCACAAGGUGACAAAACUUUGAGGGAUUUGUUUGUCUUCAUGGAUACGUUUGUUUCUCUCCCAUACCAAUUUUCACUGACUCAGAGCUGACCUUAUGGAAACAGGCACAUAUAGUUGAGGAAAGGGUUAACUAGCACAUCUGCUACACAACCAAUCGGAUACGUUCUCUCUUGGUUGGGCUUCUUGAACUGGAGCUAGUUAUCUGAACUACAGUGAAAUCUGCGGAGUUCUCAUGGACGUGUACAGCCAUUUGUGUUCAACAUGACUUGUUAUUGAUGCACGAAAAAACUGUGAUGAAGUACCAUAGACUGUAUAUAAGAAAUGGACGUAACAUACGUGAUGUCACCCAUUGGAUUGUGGACUGCUGCUCGGAAGCCAAUAGUUUCGGAUCUGAGGAGCGCCAUCUUGAAAAUUUCAGGUGCAUGCCGGGAAAAAUAAAAACACGGAUUCUACUUAUAUGGGCAUCAGGAGGAGCAUGAG